AUGUGGGGAUCGAUUUCUUUUCUUUUUUUUUUUUUUUAAACGCUCUACAAUAAACUCAUUUCCAGCAUGAGUGGAUGUGUGUUUCUGCAGAGCCAUGACAAAAUGAGCGAUUGGGUGGAAAUAAUUCGACGGCGCACAAUAAGAGAGCGGGCGCUGUCUGUGAGCGCAUGCGCACUGAGCUCACACUGCAGAGCGGGGGGUCAGUGACAGACAGACAUGACACCGAAUCGAGACGAGAUCCGCUGAAUCCCAGCUCUGCUUUUCGGCACGGAAUGACGCGCGCUGCCUGAAUCCCAGAUGGACGACGAGCGCAAGCAGCACAAGUUUAUCUCGUUCCUGUUCUAUCAGGCGGUGCGGGACCUGAAGCCCGUGUGGAUGCUCGAGGACAUGCGCACCAUGGAGGCGUUUUACUGGGAGGAGGACGCGAAGCAGAGGACGUACAGCCCGUCCGAAGCGCUUCUUUACGCGAUCGUGCACGACCACCAGCCGUACGCGCAGUAUCUGCUCAGUCAGUAUUCGGACGAGGCGCUGGCCAUGCCCGGGGAGCGCUUCUGCUGCUGCCCGUCCUCCGCGCCGCACUUAGCCAUGGCCGUCCGCUACGACCGACGGGACAUUCUGGGUCACAUAUUGCAGGUGGCACACCGCCUGCCGGGCCUGCGCUCGUACAUGAAUCGCGGCGGCUGCUUCCAUCUGGAGGACGGUAAGACCCCGCUUCACCUGGCCUGCGAACUGCUGCGCGCCGACGCCGUCAUGCUGUUGCUAGGCAACGGCGCGUCCCCACAGGCCGUGGACCACAACGGCAUGACGCCGCUCGACGUCAUUCUCCAGCAGCUGUGGGACUCCAAGGUGAACGUGGGGGCCAAGAAGUCCUGUCUGGACAACCUGCUGAUGUUCAUGCCGGUGAUGCGCUUCAAAAUGAAGAGUUCCCUGCAGAAAGAGCGCAAGUGCUGGUCCCAGGUGCUCGGGGAGGACAAACUCAACUACCUCAUCGGACGGGAUCCGGCGCCGCUCUUCCUCAUCGCCAUGCAGAGGAUCCUGGCGCAGCUGCCGCCCGAGCAGUUCCCCAAGAGCCUGGACAAACUGCCCAUCCCAGCCUCCCUCAAACCCCUGCCCAAACCACACACACACGGCAGCCAGUUAAAAGUGGCCUAGUGUGUGUGUGUGUGUGUGUGUGGCAUGAACUGUAUGGACGAUCAAAACCAUUGCGAACAUACGUGAGCAAUAUUGUCUUCCUGUUUGUUGUCUUACACUCGUUUUAAUCAUGUAUGUGAAUUCAAAUAAUCGAUGAUCUGAUUUUAAAACCGCUGGACCCACUUUAUGUUAAGUGUCUUUAACUACCAUGUACUAACAUUUAAAUUAAUCAUUUGAUACAAUGCACUUAUUGUGUAGAAACAUUUAAUUAAAAAUAAUGACAUGUAUAAUUACACUGUUCAUCUUCCCUUACAUCUUAAGGGAUAGUUCACCCAAAAAUGAAAAUUCUGUCAUCAUUUCCUCACCCUCAAGUGAGUAAGAUAUUUUGAAGAAUAUGAGUAACCAAACAGUUUACGCCCAUUAAAAAAGAAAGAAAAAAAAAACUAUGGAAAGCAAUGGAGUCCAUAAACUGUUUGGUUACCCAUAUUCUUCAAAAUAUCUUCUUUUGUGUUCAGCAGAAGAAAGAAAUUAAUACAGGUUUGGAACAAUUUGAGGGUGAACUGACCCUUAAACAUACCCAUACCAGCAAACCCAUCCUAACCGCACCUGUAUUACACCUCACUAGCAGCAGAAGUGUUUCUACAGUACAUCAUUAACACAAUAAGUACAUUGUAUCUAACAUUUGUUUUACGGAAAUGGGUUAGUUCACCCAAAAUGAAAAUUUCUGUCAUUAAUUCCUCCACACCUGUAAGACCUUCGUUCAUCUUCAGAACACAAAUUAAGAUAUUUUUGAUGAAAUCUGAGAGGUAUAUGACUCGUCCAUAGACAGCAAUAUAAUCAACACUUUCAAGGUCCAGAAAGGAACUAAAGACAUCGUUAAAACAGUCAUGUGACUGCAGUGGUUCAACCUUAAUGUUAUGAAGAGACGAGAAUACUUUUUGUGCGCAAAAACAAAACAAAAAUAAUGACUUUAUUCAACAAUCUCUUCUCUUCUGUGUCAUUAUCUUACGUUGUUUACGUCCAGCGCUUCCAGGUUCUUCGUCAGAGCGCUGACUCAUUAUUGGCCGGCUCCUUUGUAACAUUAUUGUUGAACCACUGCAGUCACAUGACUGUUUUAACGAUGUCUUUAGUUCCUUUCUGGACCUUGAAAGUGUUGAUUAUAUUGCUGUCUAUGGACGAGUCAUAUACCUCUCAGAUUUCAUCAAAAAUAUCUUAAUUUGUGUUCUGAAGAUGAACGAAGGUCUUACAGGUGUGGAGUAAUUAAUGAGAGAAUUUCAUUUUUGGGUGAACUAACCCUUUAAAUUCACCUUAUAUAAGGUGGGACCAAACUUUUAUACUUGAGACAAAAUAUGCAAACUCUACUGUAUGAGUUGAUGUGAGAUUUAUUUAUGAAAGCUGUCUGGCUCUUUACCUCAUGAACCUCCUGUGCUGAUCUGAGAGCAGUGAAACGGACUGAUUAAAACAAUCCUGAUCCAGA